GUUCACUGGCGCUGUUUUUCCAACUACCUCCAUUCUCAUCCUUCACGUCUACUUAUUGUUCAGUGUUGAAACAGUAAUUUUACCUGUACCACCAUAAAUAUUGUUUCUUAUGUGAACUUUCUAGUGGUGGGUCAUUUUUGUUUUUUCCUUUUCUUAUCUUUGCUCAAUGGUUCAUGUCAUGUAUAACAACCCAUCAUGCAUCUUUGAAGUUCAAGAACCAUAUGUUCCAUAAAAAAAUUCUUCUAAGAAUUUCCUUUUCAAGAUUAUAUUUAGUUCUAUUCUUCCGAGUUGAGUUCAGAGUCUGAAUGAGUUCAGAGUCUGAGUUAGUUCAGAGUUGUGAUCGAAAAAUUUGAAAAAUUCUUUUGAGUCUAAUUUUUACAUUUAGUCCAAUGAGAUAUUUUUAUCUCAAUCUUGUGGUUCUUUCAUUGUUUUUCUCUAUCCAUAGUACUCAUGAGCUACAAUUUGCUCAAACUCAAGUCUUGUUACAGUUAAGGAAGUACCUAGAAUACCCAACUUCUUUGCAAAUUUUUGAAAAUUACAAUUUAGACCUUUGUAGCCUUCCUUCAUCUGAGCAUUUGAGCAUUAAAUGUGAGGGCAAUUCAGUAACUGAGCUCAAAAUCAUGGGGGACAAUCAUCAUAAACAUGUAAAGGUUGAAAGUUUCAAUGGAUUUGCAGUUCCUAAUCAUACUCUAUCCAAAAGUUUCUCUAUUGAUUCUUUUGUUACAACAUUGACAAGGUUAACAAGUUUAAGGGUGCUUAGUUUGGUUUCUUUAGGAAUAUGGGGUCCACUUUCUGAUAAAAUUCAUAGGCUAUCUUUGCUUGAAGUUUUGGAUUUGAGUUCAAAUUUCUUAUUUGGUUCUAUUCCACCAAAGAUAGCUACAUUGGUGAAUCUUCAAAUAUUAACACUUGAUGAAAAUUACUUUAACACUACAAUGCCUAAUUUCUUUGAACCUUUGGUUAAUCUAAGUAUUUUGAGUUUGAAAAACAAUAACUUAAAGGGUUCAUUUCCUUCUUCACUAUGCAAAAUCAAAACUCUUGGUGUUAUUUCUUUGUCACAUAAUGAAUUAUCUGGUGAAUUGCCUAAUCUCGCCGCACUUUUUGGUUUACAUGUUUUGGAUUUAAGAGAAAAUGGUUUUGAUUCUGAGAUACCAUUGAUGCCGAAAUCGGUUGUCACGGUAUUACUAAGUAAAAACUCAUUCUCAGGUGAGAUUCCUGUUAAAUUUGGUGAGUUGAAUCAGCUUCAACAUCUUGAUCUUUCGUCGAAUCGUCUUAGCGGGGUUCCUCCGUCUUCUUUGUUCUCUUUGACAAAUAUUAGUUAUUUGAAUUUAGCGAAAAAUGUGCUAAGUGGUUCAAUUCCACAGAAACUAAAAUGUGGAAGCAAACUCGGGUUUGUGGAUAUUUCUAGUAACAUGUUAAGUGGUUUACUUCCUACUUGUUUGGAAAGUACUUCUGAUAGAAGAGUUGUUAGAUUUGGUGGAAACUGUUUAUCUGUUAAUUCUCAAGCUCAUCAAAAACAUGGUUCUUAUUGUAAAGAGUCUAGUUCCGGAAAGACGAAAUUUUGGAGAUGGAAAAUUGAUGCUGCAAUUGCCAUCAUUGUCGUAGUUUUUCUCGUGCUGUUGGCUUUCGGAGUUUUGUUUUACAGAAACUGUCAUUCUCAUUCAAGAGAGAUUUAUAGGCAUGAGAUGUUGCCGAAGAUUGUUCAAGAUAACAACUCAACAACGGGAGUUUCCUCCGAACUCCUUGCUAGUGCAAGAUAUAUUUCUCAAACAAUGAAGCUAGGGACACAAGCCACUCCAACUUGUAGACAAUUUUCAAUUGAAGAGUUGAAGGAAAGUACAAGAAACUUUGAUUUGUCAACUUACAUCGGUGAAGGAUCUGCAGGAAAGCUGUACAAAGGUAAACUAGAGAACGGAUCUUAUGUGAUGAUAAGAACAUUGAUUCUGAGAAAGAAGUUCUCAACACAAAAUCUCAAAGCUAGGUUGGACUUACUCUCGAAGCUUCACCAUCCAAAUCUGGUUAGUCUUUUGGGUCAUUGUAUCGAUGGUGGUGGAAAAGAUGUUACUAGUACCAACAAACUUCAUCUUGUUUACGAGUAUGUGCAAAAUGGCGAUUAUCGUACCCAUUUGUCAGAAUUUUCACCGGAUAAGGCUCUAAAAUGGUCUGAUAGAUUAGCAAUUUUAAUCGGAGUUGCCAAGGCGGUGCAUUUUUUACAUACUGGAAUUAUACCAGGUUGUUUUAGAAACAAAUUAAAGACAAACAAUGUUUUACUUGACGAACAUCGCUUUCCCAAACUAAGUGACUAUGGUAUGUCUAUGAUCGCCGAAGAGAUCGAAAACAUUCAGGCAAAUGGACUGAAUCCAAAAUCUUGCCAAAGGGAAGAAUUAGAGGAUGAUGUUUACAAUUUUGGAUUCAUAUUAUUUGAAUCACUUGCUGGACCCAUAGCAAGUGAGAAAGGAGAAGCAUUUUUUCUUAAUGAAAAGGCAUCGUUUGAUAGUCAUGAUGGUAGAAAAAGAAUUGUAGAUCCAGUAGUGUUGACAACUUGCUGUCAAGAGUCUUUAACAAUUGCAAUAUCCAUUACAACCAAAUGCAUAUCACCACAAUCCUCAUCUCGUCCUUCUUUUGAAGAUGUUCUCUGGAAUUUACAAUAUGCAGCUCAAGUCCAAGCCUCAGCAGAUGCAGAUUCUAUUAUAUCCUAGCUCCCUUUAUUGCAAUUAUAAAUGUAUGUAUAGUUGUUGUAUGUAAAUUUUCCCUCAUUUUCAUGUUUAUUAUGGAGUUUGAUAGAAAAGAUCUAGCUAGGAUUCGGAUAUAAUUGAAGUUGAGAAAAACACAAGAACUGAGUUGAAUUGUGUUGGUUUUUUUAAACUUUUUUUAAAUGAUUUUAUAGUUCAUAGUCUAAA